AUGUUUCGUGAGGCCGCCCUCGUAGCUGCUUCCCUGGCGCAAGUCGCCCGUGGGAUGCAGCCUGGUGCUGCAGCGCCCGUCGCCGCGCCCAUGAGAGAGUUGGACUGGGGUCAGAUCAACUUUCUCCAUACGACAGAUACCCAUGGCUGGCAUGGUGGACAUUUGCAAGAAUCCCAGUACUCCGCUGACUGGGGCGACUAUAUCUCCUUCGCCGACCAUAUGCGCAAGAAAGCCGACGAGAAGGGUGUGGAUAUCAUAUUAGUCGAUACUGGUGACAGAAUAGAAGGCAACGGUCUGUACGAUGCAUCCAGCCCGAAAGGUAAAUACACGUCGGAUAUAUACAAAGAGCAAGAGAUGGAUGUGAUAUGCACUGGCAAUCACGAACUAUACAUAGCCGAUUCAGUGAAGCGCGAACACGAGAUCACCGUCCCAAACUACAAGGGAUCAUACUUGGCCUCGAACCUAGACUAUAUCGAGCCCCAGACGGGCAACCAAAUACCUCAGGCCCAACGCUACCGCAAGUUCACCACCAAGAAUCAGGGGCUCACCGUUGUCGCAUUCGGAUUCCUGUUCAACUUUGACAGGAACGCGAACAAUAGUGUUGUACAGGAUGUCGAGGAUACGAUCAAGGAGCAAUGGUUCCAGGAUGCUAUUCGCGAGAAGCCCGAUCUCUUCGUCGUCGCUGGCCACGUCGGAUUGCGCAUGAAGGAGUUCGAGUUGAUCUUCAAGGCCCUCAGAAACCAGAACUGGUACACUCCCAUUGCAUUUUUAGGUGGUCAUGCCCAUGUUCGCGACUUCCGUAAAUUCGACGACAAGUCAUAUGCCAUCGCCAGUGGCCGAUAUAUGGAGACGAUCGGAUGGAUGUCUAUCGAUGGCAUCAAUAAGAAGUCAAAGACCGAAGAUUCGGCUGCAGCCUCGCCCACUUUCAAGAGACGCUACAUUGACAACAACUUGUUUGGUUUGCACUACCAUACCGGGCUCAAUGACACCACGUUCCCAACUGAGCACGGCCGUAACGUGACCAACUUGAUCGCAGACAGUCGCCAGGCCUUGGAUCUGGACAAGACUUAUGGGUGCGCACCUCAAGACUUAUGGAUGAGCAGAGCCGUGUACCCCAGCAACGCGAGCGUCUUCACAUGGCUCGAGGAGCAGGUUGUGCCAGAUAUUGCCGUUCGACAGGACAGGAAGGAUGUGCCUAGACUUGCAAUUACCAAUACCGGCAUGAUUCGCUUUGACAUAUUCAAGGGUGCCUUUACCACCGACACGACUUACAUCGUGUCUCCAUUUGUCAGCAAGUGGAACUACAUCCCGGAUGUACCUUAUGAGGCUGCCAAGAAGGUGAUUGGGAUGCUCAAUGGAGGCGGUCCUGUUUUCACUGCUGCUGAAGCGGGUUCUGCUCUCGACACAAGGUGGCUUGUCAGUCCAGAGCAAUGGGCGCUGUCCGAGAAGGCAGAACAGAUAUCUUCUUCCACAGCACAAGCUGGUCCGGUACAAACCACAAACGACGACACCCAAAGACCAUUGAUGAACAAGGAUGGCACUUUGACAGAGCCAAAACUCAUCCAGGGAUACACGACGAAAGAUGACUUUGGCGACGAUGGUGACGACACAGUCCAUGCGGCCAUCAAAUUCUAUGCCGUGCCCAACUGCAUCCAAACUGAAAUCAAGUUCCCUGAGGGAGGAGUACCGGAGACAGUGGACCUGGUGUUCGUGGACUAUGUCCAGCCCUGGAUCAUCACUGCAUUGAAGUUCAGUGGAGGCGAUUAUAAUACGGACGAUGUCACACCAUAUCGUAACGAGACUGUUACAGAACUUAUGUUUGAGUGGAUCAAGGAGAACUGGAAGGGAGAUUGUUAA